AUGUCGUACGAAGUAGGGACCAGAUGCUGGUAUCCGGAUAAACAAGAAGGAUGGGUUGGAGCAGAAGUGUCGAAACUUUCAAACCUAGACGACGGUAAGUACUGUUUGACGUUAGCACUCGAAAACGGCGAAAACGUCGAGAUCGAAACAUCGUCAUUGAGCGAAGAUCACAGCAAUAAUAACCCCAACGGAAACGCUGGUGAUAAAAAUGCACUACCGUUGCUGAGAAACCCUCCAAUUUUGGAAGCCAUCGAGGAUUUAACCUCGCUGUCAUAUUUGAAUGAGCCUGCCGUGCUGCAUGCUAUCAAGACGCGCUAUGGUCAACUCAACAUAUACACCUAUUCCGGGAUCGUACUGAUCGCCACGAACCCGUUCGAUCGUGUGGAGCAACUGUACUCCCAGGAUAUGAUCCAAGCUUACGCCGGAAGACGUCGUGGCGAGCUAGAACCGCAUCUUUUCGCCAUUGCAGAAGAGGCCUACAGAUUGAUGAAAAACGACAAACAGAACCAAACGAUCGUGGUCAGCGGUGAAUCCGGUGCCGGGAAAACUGUUUCGGCGAAAUACAUCAUGCGCUAUUUUGCAUCUGUUGAGCAAGCCGCCAAAAGAGACUCAGCGGUCUUAUCAGAGCAGAGCGAUCAUCGCCAUGAAAUGUCCGAGACUGAGCGUCGAAUUUUGGCCACCAACCCUAUCAUGGAAGCUUUCGGUAAUGCCAAAACCACCAGAAACGACAAUUCCUCGAGAUUCGGUAAGUAUCUUGAAAUCUUGUUCAAUUCCGAUACUGCAAUUAUUGGUGCCAGAAUAAGAACUUACCUGCUCGAACGUUCGAGGCUCGUGUUUCAACCCAAAGUAGAGAGGAACUAUCACAUUUUCUAUCAAUUGAUGGCAGGUCUUUCGGAAACCGAAAAAUCUGAACUUACAUUGACUACAGUCGAAGACUAUCAUUAUCUUAACCAAGGAGGUGAUUAUCGCAUCAAAGGCGUUGAUGAUGCCGCCGAUUAUCAUGAAACUGUCGAUGCGUUGAAGCUGGUUGGUUUCUCUGCAGAUACUCAGAAACAACUCUUCAAGAUUCUAGCCGCAUUGUUGCACAUUGGUAACAUCGAGGUCAAAAAAAUCAGAAACGAUGCUUCUCUAAACUCUGAUGAGCCCAAUUUGCUCAUCGCUUGUGACCUUUUAGGCAUUGAUGCCUCUGGCUUUGCAAAAUGGAUCACGAAAAAACAAAUUACAACUAGAGCCGAGAAAAUUGUCUCGAAUUUGUCUUUCAACCAGGCAAUUGUGGCUAGGGACUCUGUGGCUAAAUUCAUUUUCACUGCACUUUUCGACUGGCUGGUAGAAAAUAUCAAUACUGUGCUCUGUAAUCCUGAGGUUUCUGAACAUAUUAGCUCUUUCAUUGGUGUCCUGGAUAUCUACGGGUUUGAGCAUUUUGAGAAAAACUCCUUUGAGCAAUUCUGCAUUAAUUACGCGAAUGAAAAGUUGCAGCAGGAAUUCAAUCAACAUGUCUUCAAACUCGAACAAGAAGAAUACGUUGCCGAACAAAUUGAGUGGUCUUUUAUUGAGUUCAACGACAAUCAACCUUGCAUUGAUCUGAUUGAAAAUAAGCUUGGUAUUUUGUCAUUACUGGACGAAGAAUCUCGACUCCCUGCAGGGUCUGAUGAAAGCUGGACUCAAAAGCUUUAUCAGGCCCUCGAUAAGCCUCCCACCGAUGCGGUUUUCUCCAAACCAAGAUUUGGACAGAGCAAAUUCAUUGUCUCGCACUAUGCUUUGGAUGUGGCGUACGAUGUCGACGGAUUCAUAGAGAAGAAUAGGGAUACGGUCUCAGAUGGUCAUCUAGAAGUCUUAAAGGCUACGCAAAACGAUACUUUGCGUUCUAUUUUGGAUAUCAUCGACCAAAAUGCCGCUGCUCUUGCGGAAAAGCAGGAAGCUAACAAGAAACCAGGGCCUGCAAGAAUGGUCAACAAGAAACCAACACUGGGUUUCAUGUUUAAACAAUCUCUCAUCGAAUUGAUGAGUACGAUUGACUCCACAAAUGUGCACUAUAUUCGCUGUAUUAAACCAAAUGAGACUAAAGAGGCAUGGAAGUUUGACAAUCUCAUGGUUUUGUCGCAGCUCCGUGCUUGCGGUGUAUUAGAGACCAUUCGAAUCUCAUGUGCAGGGUUUCCGUCAAGAUGGACUUACAAUGAAUUUGUUUUAAGAUAUCAUAUCUUGAUACCAUCAGAUAACUGGACCAAGAUCUUUGCUUUGGAAGCCUCGGAGGAAGACAUCAGAAGCUUAUGCAAAGAUAUUUUGAAUGAAACCGUCAACGAGAAGGAAAAGUACCAGCUUGGUAACACCAAGAUUUUUUUCAAAGCAGGUAUGCUGGCAUAUUUGGAAAAACUAAGAAGUACUAAAAUGCACAACGCCUGUGUCCUAAUACAAAAGAAGAUAAAGGCUCUUUACUACCGUAGAAGGUAUUUGGAGAUCACAAGUGCUCUUCAUAAGCUCCAAGCAUAUAGUAGUGGUCAUGCUUGUCGUUUAAGCGUUGAUUUCCAGUUGAAAAGUAAUGCGGCAUGUUAUUUGCAGGCCUUUUUUAGAGGACGUGCUCAGCGUCGCUUCGCUACUACUGCAGUUGCCUCCAUCGUGAAGGUUCAAUCCCUGGCAAGAAAACGGAUUGCACAAAAAGCGCUAUCAGAGAAACAACAGACAACUGCAGCCAUUAGUAUUCAAAGUAAAAUACGGGGGUUCAAUCCACGUCAAAGUUUCAACACUACAAGAGGAUCUUCCAUCCGUAUACAGUCCUUGGUUAGAAGAAAAUUGGCACAAAGAACACUGAAGCAACUGAAAUCUGAGGCGAAGUCUGUGAACCAUUUGCAAGAAGUGAGUUAUAAACUUGAGAACAAGGUCAUUCAGCUCACAGAUAAUUUGGCGGAAAAAGUCAAGGAAAAUAGAGAGCUUACUGCACGCAUCCUUGAGCUUCAAACAUCUUUGAAUGAAUCCGCUAAUAUCCAGAGUGUGUUGGACGUACAGAAAGAAGAGCAUUCUAGAGACCUGAAGGAGCAGCAGGAAUCGCAUAGCAGUGAACUUUCACAAAGAUCCGAGGAGUUGCGUGCUGCCAAAGAAGAAAUUGCGUCUGCUCGGAAGGAGAUUGACGAAUUACUGGAAAAACACGAAAAACUAAAGGAGGAAAUCCGCUCUAAUGUGGAUUCCCUUAACCAAGCAAAGAACGCUUUCACUGAAUCACAAACUCAGAACUCAGAUUUGAAAAAUGAGGUGAAAUCGCUGAAGGAUGAAAUAAGUCGACUACAAAGCAGUGUCCGCAGUGGAGUUAGCACAAAUGGUACAAUGGUUAACACCCCUACUAAAUCUAGAAGGUUCAGUAGUCACAGCAGUGUGACCGACGGAACUUCGCCAAGGCAACUGAAUGUGAUUUCCAUGAAUAACGGCAUGGAAGACGAUGCUAGGUCAACCGCAAGCGCAUUGUCUCAAAUAAAUGACGAGCUUUACAAGAUUCUCGAAGACACUAAGGCCCUGAAUACAGAAAUUGUCGAUGGACUUCUGAAGGGAUUUAAAAUACCGGAAACAGGUGUCGCUGCUGAGCUGACCAGGAAAGAGGUUUUGUACCCUGCAAGAAUCAUGAUCAUAAUCUUGAGUGAUAUGUGGAGAUUAGGGUUGACAAAGCAGAGUGAAAGUUUUCUUGCCGAUGCUAUGUCUACCAUUCAAAAACUUGUCACCGGUUUAAAAGGUGAUGAUUUGGUAAGUCAUGGAGCUUUUUGGCUGACGAAUGUACGCGAGUUAUACUCGUUUGUCGUUUUUGCACAGGAAAGCAUAUUAAAUGAUGAUACCUACAACAGCGGUUUAAAUGAAGAUGAGUACAAGGAGUAUGUGACCUUGGUCACCGAAUUAAAAGACGACUUUGAGUCCUUGAGUUACAACAUUUACAACAUCUGGCUGAAGAAACUACAAAAGGAUUUGGAAAAGAAGGCAGUUUCCGCAGUGGUGAUGUCGCAAUCCCUUCCUGGGUUUAUUGCCAAUGAAUCGACGCAGUUUUUGGGUAAACUUUUUACGCAAACCAACUACUACAAGAUGGAUGGAAUCCUUGCAUUUUUCAACAACAUUUAUUGGUCGAUGAGAACCUAUCACGUUGAACAAGAAGUAUUCCGCGAGGUUAUCAUCACUUUGCUGAAAUACGUGGACGCGAUAUGUUUCAACGAUCUGAUCAUGAGGAGAAACUUUUUGUCUUGGAAGAGGGGUUUGCAGCUGAACUACAAUGUAACCAGACUGGAGGAAUGGUGUAAAUCUCAUCAUAUUCCCGAAGGUAGUGAUUGUCUGCAACAUAUGUUACAAGCAUCGAAGCUUCUACAAUUGAAAAAAGCCAAUUUGGAUGAUAUUGAUAUCAUUUGGGAAAUCUGUUCUUCGUUGAAACCUGCACAAAUUCAGAAACUGAUAACCCAAUAUGCUGUUGCUGACUACGAGGUUCCAAUACCACAAGAAAUUUUGACAUUUGUUGCCAACAGAGUUAAGAGUGAGUCUUCGUUAUCGUCAGACGGCAAGUCUCAAACCCACAGUAGCGAUAUUUUUCUCACAGUUGAAAGCGGACCGUUUGAGGAUCCUUUCAAUUUGAUAGAGACCAGAAAAUUUGGUAAAAUCGAAGCAUACAUUCCUGCUUGGAUGAAUUUACCAAUCACCAGAAGAGUUGUCGAGCUCGUCACGCAGCAUGUAACCGUCCAGGAGGUUCAGAAGGGCGUAUAG